UCUCUUGAGUCUUUCGUAUUAUUUCUCUCCACCUCUCUAGUAUCUCUUACUCAGUUAUACCUUUCCUAUAUACGUAUAAUACGAUCGGUCAUUUGUUCCCUAACAAGACCGUUCGUUAAGUCUUGUCGCACACUACAUAAACCGAUAUUGAAUCCAGGUUUCAAUAUCGUCGAAGAGUUUAUACAUGGCUCCGGUCUCGUUGCCUCCUGGUUUUAGGUUCCAUCCAACGGACGAGGAACUAAUCACAUACUAUCUCAAAAGAAAGAUCAACGGUCGAGAGAUAGAGCUGGAAAUUAUCCCUGAAGUAGACCUCUACAAGUGCGAACCAUGGGACUUGCCAGGGAAGUCGUUGCUUCCGAGCAAAGACCAGGAAUGGUACUUCUUCAGUCCACGGGACAGAAAGUACCCCAAUGGUUCAAGAACAAACCGAGCAACAAAAGGCGGUUACUGGAAAGCCACCGGCAAAGACCGGCGGGUGAGUCUGAGAGAUCGAGCCAUAGGAACCAAGAAAACCCUAGUUUAUUACCGUGGACGUGCCCCGCACGGCAUUAGAACUGGUUGGGUCAUGCAUGAAUAUCGCCUCGAUGAAACCGAAUGCGAACCUACUGCGUUCGGCAUGCAGGAUGCAUAUGCGCUUUGCCGCGUUUUCAAGAAGAUAAUAAUUGAAGGGAAACCAAGAGAUCAACAUCAGCAGCAGCAUCAGCCUUACGCCAACACGAGUUCGAAUAUAAGUCGUAGCUCAAGUUUUGACGUUGGUUCGGACCUUGAAAUAAGUUCAAAUACACAUCAAGUUCUACCUUACAAUAACGUUACCGAUACCCAACCGAUAUUUGGAAACGCAUUUGGUGACCAUGAUGACCGGUCGCAAUACUUGUCACAAAACAUGACUCCAAGCUUUUCAAAUUACGAAUCUCCUUAUGGACCAUACCUCAAUCAAUCUAAGGUGUAUACAGAAACUGAAUGUGGAAUGUUGCAACAUCAAAUGUCAUUGCCACCUUUGCAAGUAGAAAACACGCCGGUUCAGACCAGCAUUUUCUCCAAUGGAAUGAAUCAAAACAGCGGUCAAUGUGGUUUCGAUGACUUUGCUUUCGCUGCAAGUAACCGCAACCAGCUAUAUAACAGCAACGUUGAUGAUCAUUUAAUACACAUUGGAAAUCUCGAAGAACAAUUGCACAGUGCUGGACACUCGACAUGGAUGAACAUGUCUAACGGAUCUUUAAAUCAGAGUUUCGCAGAAGACGUAGAGGUUUUGCCAAGCUUUGAGGAGAAUGAUCAAGAUAUUGAAUAUUUUGGCAGAUCUGGGACCAGUACACUCAACAACAUAGAGAUUGAUGAGUUUUUCUCGUUUGAGGACCGAGUAGAAGACACUGACAAGUCAAACAUAACUCUAAACUCUUCAGGAUCCAGAAUGAUCGAAGAAGAGACUAGAGUAGACCAUAAAAUGCUCAUUUGCACACGUCAAACAACUCAAGUUUUAUAUCAUCGAGUCGUACCGUCGCAGAUUUUGAAAGUUCACAUUAAUCUUGUCGGAGGAAAUGAAGAGAGAAGACUGUUUACGGAAGAAGAAGGCAAGGAUUCCUGGUUCCAGAAGGCUGAAAAUGUUGCCAAGAUGAAAUUGAAUCAGAUUGGUUUAGCUGCAAAACAUUAUUACAAGUGUCUUACAAUUAUUUUCUGAUUUUAUUAAUUUUGUUUAUCAAAUACUAUCUAAAAAGAAGAGACUGUACUAUAUAUUGAAAUGUUGAUUGAUUUUCAUUGUCAUAAGUAAAAUAUUA